AUGACUAGCGAGGUAGAGCAAGAUUCGAUUGAGAAAAUUAAGGAAGAGACGAAGAAAUUGGAAGUAGAGGAUAAACCUGCCAUCGACGCUGAGAAUGAAGUGGAAGAAGAAGAAAAAAUAGAUGAGGAUCCUGUUGAGGAGCGAUCUGAAGAACAGAAUGCUGAUCCAGCCGAGCCGUCUGAAGAACCAGUCAACGAUGCCGACAAACCGGACCAACCUGAAGAAGCACUGGAUGGUUCCGCAGAUGGAUCAAAAGAUGCCCCAGCUGACGCGCAAGAGUCAGAAGACAUCGAGAUGAAGGAAAAUGCCUCAUCUGAUGUUGUUGAAGAAUCACCUAAAGACAAACUCGCGGCAGAAGAGAAUCCGGAGCAGAAAAAUAAGGAGAAUGAAGACGUAUCCGUAAGCGAAAACCCGGACAACGCGUUAGCUGAAGAGGAGGCGAAUGAGAGCUGCCUCCUGGACGAGACAAAAGACGAGUUGGAACUCGACUACGAGCCGUUAGAGGAAGAGAUUCCGCAUUCCGAAGAUCAAAAUGCCGAAGACACCAGCGAUCAAACGAAAAGCCUCCACUUUAAAUACCUCCACUUUAAAAACCUCGAUGCCUCCGUAAAAGCUGAAGCCCUGAAUGAAGCAGUAACUCCCUUCGGAAAAGUUGAAAACGCGAAAAUCUGGAAUGUUGAAAACACGGAUGAAUAUCUUGGAAUGGUCGUUUGCGAAUCUGCAGAAAUAGCGGCUGCUGCAAAAGCUGCUUUGGAUGGGACUGAAAUUUCAGGAAAACAAGUUUCAGUGACAGUGGAGAAAUCGGAGAAAGCUGCUGGAGACGAAGAAGUGCCUGCGAACAAGGAAGAAAACGCCGAUAAUGAAGAGGAAAACAAGCUCAAAGAACUAAAAAAGAAGAACGAGAUUCAACGAAAAAAGGGAAGGUAUUUGAGAGAUGAAGUCUACGAUUCGCGCUCGAAGAUGCGACGGCUCAAGGAGAACAAGAGAAGACUGGAAGACGAUAAGCGGCAUUAUGAAAAAUCGGAAAAGAAGGACCGAGGAGAGUACUUGGACGAAAAGAUCAAGCUCAAAAAAGCUCGUGAUGAAUACGAAAAAUUGAAGCGAGAAAAAGACCCUGUUCUCGAAGACCGACGAAAGUCGAAAAAAGAGCUUGAGAAGGCGCAACUAGAGCUUGAUAACGGAAGAAAGGAACUGGCCAUUUACAAGCACAGCUUACGGGAAAUCAGAGAAAAGAUUAAGGCGCUAGAAGAAAAGGCAAAGAAGUCUUCGCGAGAAAACUCUGAAAGAGAAAAACUCGAGCGUGAGCGAAGACAGCUAGAAGAAGAGAAAAAGCGUUAUGCUCGCGAAAAAGAAAUACUCAAUGCAGAGAGACAGUCAUACGAAUCAAAGCUUUCUCAAUCUCGGGAUUCAAGGGGCGGAAAUCGAGAUAUGGGCAGAUCAUCGUCGACUGUCUUUCGUAGUCGUCCAGAUGAUUCUAGAAGAGAUGGACGAAGGGACGUAUCUUCUGGUGGUCCUUCAAGAGAUGCUUACAGAACGCCAGACUCGCGUUCGCACCCUUAUCAAAGGAAAAGCUCAGGAGAGCCAGCAUACGAAGAUAGCCGAAGCUCACGCCGAACCGAUUCAAACCCAACCUCGCAAUCACGCAACUCAACCCGAGACAUGUAUCAAAAUUCGCGCGCACCGCCUGCCCGAAGUUCAGAUUCCCGUUCAACGAGGCCAAGCUGGGCGAGCGGAUACAACCAGGGAUCUAGAUAA